CCGACUGCGCCGCCCGCGUCCGUCGGGCGCUUAACCGCGCGAGCUUACCACUGACGUUCCUUAGUCUUUUAAAUUUGGAACACUUUAUCGGACGCUUAACCGCGCGAGCUUACAACUGACGUUCCUCAUUCUUUUUAAUUUUGGAACUUUAUUGUGCCAGUUUGAGAGUUCUAUUGCUUAUCGGUAACGGUUGAAAAAAGUACUAAUUCUACAAAUCACUAAAAGACUAAAUCAAUCAAUUCCUACAACAAACAUUUCUAAAGACUACAAAUAGAUUUCAAGAAACUAAAUCCGUUCGUGCUAGUGACCGAAACAGUGAAACAGUGUCGAACAGAACCAGUGCAAUGUCAGUGAAGAACUACGUGAUUUGUUCUAAAGUGCAGUGGGGCGGAGGAGGCUGACAGAUCGACAGUCAGUGAUCUGAGACCAGACGCCGGCAGGAUGUCAGCAGGAUCGGCAGUUGCCAUGAUCGGCGCGAACCUGCGUUUCGGGUCAGCCGGAGCGACUAACUCGUCCAUCCUCAACCACACGCGACACUGCCCACCAGGUGGCGCUGCCAGUGCGGCAGCGUUGCUAGCACUGUCUGGCCUUGGAAUGUCUGCGAAUUUAGCGCUGAUGACGGUUAUAUUGAGCAAGAAGCAGUUAAGAAGGUGGUCACACGGGCUCCUAUUCCACCAAGCCAUCGUGGACUGCGCCCGCGCCGCUAUCCUGCUCCCGCUUGGUAUCGCCGUCUUCCGCUGUCAGCCAGUCUACAAGUGCUCGCUGGUUGAAACUGCUUUUCUACUAUUGGUAACGGUGUCAACAGUGAAUAUGCUGACGACGGUGUUGAACGAUAGCCCGAUAUUCCCGGAGAACGAGGAGGAGCAGGCGGACUUAUCCGCGCCCCUGCUGAUGGACAGCCCGCAGUGCGUCCUCUUCGGCACAUUUAUGAUCUGGUUCGCGUCCAUCACGAUCAACCUGGGCCCGACGUUCCUGUCGGGCGCGCUAGCGGCCAGCGCCGGCCACUACGGCUCCUACGGGCCCUCCCCCUCCUGCCCCCUCGUCCGGGGCCCCUUCCGACACUACGUCCUCAACGCCCUCUGGAUCGGCGUCAACGCCGUCUGCGUAGGACUCACGCUCUUCCAUCUCAAGAAACUCCACAGGGACCUCACCAAGGCUAACGUAGAAGCAGUGCGAGUAGCUGGUCUAGUGACCACGCUUGUCAGCAUGGCUGGUGACAACAGGCGUAUGGACUCGCUGCCUAACAGCGUCGGACCGAGGACAGUAGAUGGCGCGCUCGCGGACGGGCAGCGCAUGCAAAGCUCGAACCUGCCGCUAGGUGGCGGUCGCCGCCUGCGGGGGUACCUGGCGCGGGUGGAGCGGGAGGGGGUGCGCCGCGUGCGCAUGUUCGUCGUCAUCACUGCGGCGUACGUGCUGUUCUGGGGGCCGCUAUUCAUUGUGACACUGCUGCACCAUCCGAUGCUUACGUCGCAUAUCGCUUAUGAGAUGUAUUUCCAAAUCUCGCUGCACAUCUCCUACGUGCAUGCUGCAGUGAAUCCUCUGCUGUUCAUGGCCCUGCACCGCGCGCUGCGUCGAGCAGCGUUGCAGCUGUGCUGUGGCUGCUGCGUGCAUUGGAGCCAGUUCGUUCUGGCACUGACGGCUGCUGCUCAGUCCCCACUGGCCCCAGCCUCAUUCUCCCCCGCCGCGGCGUCACCGGAGCCUCCCCCCGCGCCCCCGCCGCCAAUGGCGCCCCCCGCGCCGCCGGCGGCCCACGCGGUCCCCGCGCCUCACACGAUGAUGGUAAUUACCUCUUAUAUAGUUGGGAAGUUGAGGAGUGUGACGCUGAGAGUAUGUCGAGUGCGCGUGUGCAGGGAGACGAGGAUAUGAUGGGGGAGCCGUGGAGCGGCGUGCGCCGGCCCCCGCGCUCCCCGAGCCCCCUGCUGCCCGCCAUCUAAGCCGACUCGGCCAUCCUGCGCUGUGCCGCGUCCUCGGCCGACACGGCCAUCCUGCGCUGUGCCGCGUCCUCGGCCGACUCGGCCAUCCUGCGCCGUGCCACGUCCUCGUGAGCCACACAUAUCCGCGCUGCACUCACUAUCAACCCUGUCCAAAUAUCUAUGUAAAUAUACGUGAAACAUCAACGAAUUAUGUGUACAUAGUUAGUAAAUUAGCGGUAUGUAGUAGUUUCUGGUUUGCAUAUAAAUAAAGGUUUUUGACCAGACUUGCAACCUUGAUUAUGGUGAAUAAAGUGCAAAGUUUUAUUAAGAUAAAAACUAAUACGGGACUAAUUGCUUAUUGACAAGUGCACCUGAACCUGGAAUUAAACUUGUUAUAAGAUUGUAACCAAAAUAAGAAUUAUUGUGUGGCUAUCCUAUCAGAAUAAUUCUUAUUUUUUAUAUUCGGACUAAGCAUUUAAAGCACAGAGUAAAUAAAGUAAUUAAAAAUUAUGAAUGUUUAUGGUGUAUUCGAUUAAUGUGUGUUCUUAUUCUAUAACUUAAGCACUUAGACAAAGUUUAUAGAGAUCUUAUUGUAUCAUAAACGUAUGUAGGUAUUUUAAAUAUUAUACACUUGUAACGUUUUAUGGGAAGCUCAAAUUCUAAACAUGAGAACAUACAAUACAUCUCAAUCAUAUGCACUAGAAAUAGUACCGACUGGAAUCGGUAAUAGUCUAAAUAAAGAUUCUAUUUUUGUUAGUGAAUGCAAUCUCCUAUUAUGUAAGCAUAAGCAAUAUGUUCUCAAGACACCAAUUAGAUAGGGAGUGUAGUUUAUUAAUAAAGAAAUAUAUUUAUGAGAAUUAUGAGUCUCCGUCUAUCAUAUUGUUUUAAACUGUUGUUUUGUAAAUACUAAAUGAUACUAUAUCUACAAUAUAUAAUCUAAAACAGUUCAAUUAUGAAUCUAUAACUAUUAUCCGUUUUCAAGUUAUUAUUCGUUUGAUUUUUCUUGUUAACGUGAAAUUAUCACUAAAACUCUGUUGAUUGUUAACAUUUAUCUACUCAAUGUAAUUUUUAUGCAUAAAGACUGACUAAUUUUAUUUUUCUGUUGAACUGUCCUGUACGUAUUCCUAUGAACUUAUGUAAGUAUACUAUCUUAGUUUUAAAUAUCAAAUAUAUUACUCAUUAAGUCACUCUUAGAGUUAAGUUACUAUACGUGUUUUCAUUUUCAUGUAGAUAUGUAAGUAUCUUCUCUAUGUUGUGUUUCAUCAGCCAACCGUUCCUUAAUUAAAAAACCUUUAAAUUCAGUUACUUACAUAUAAAUAUUAUUUAGUGUCACACUUACACAGCGUAAGGUCUUAAACAUGGACAGUAUCACAAACUUGAUCUAUACAAAUCACUGAUGGGGUAGUAUAUUUGUAUAAGAUUAGUGUUUGACAAAUUAGUCCUUGAGGAAAUGAUUUCAUAAAUAUCGAUUUGUGUUUAAAUUAAUACAGGUAGAUCGGUGUAGUACCGGAAUGGUCUCUUAUGAUAUUGAUUCAAAUGUGAAGAAUCUUCAGAAUAGUGUCAAUAUAAUUAUUUUUAGCUACCUUCUUUAUCCAAAAGGAGGAGGUUCUUUAUUAGGUUGUGAGUUUAUUUAAGGAUGUUCACCGAUUAUAUUACUAUCAGUAUGCUCUACGUUUGUUUUUAAAUGUUUUUAAAUACAUGAAACUUUAUAAACAGUAGAAUAAAGUAUAAUUUAAUUGCAUAGAAUUAUACUUUAUAAAAAUCAUUGUACAUAGUAAAUAAAGAGACAUAAAUCGUCCUGUUUACAUUUUCAUAUUAAUUAUACAAUUUUUUCUAUAGUUUAAUGUACCUAUGUUAAACGUGUCGCAAUGGUGUAUAAUUGUAAGGACCUAUGUCUAAAAUAAAAUGCCAAAUUAAGAAGAUAUUAUAAAAUCGUGUUCUUCACGUAAUUAUUAAAAUGAGACUAUAAAAAGACGAAAUAAAAUGA